AUGGGUAAGGACGAUACUUCAACGAAAAAACGACGUAAAUUAAAUACUACUUCAUCUAGCGAUAAUAACGCCAAGCAGACCCCGGUUGAUAUUUAUAAGAAAGUCGUCGAAUUCGAAGAAGCUGAGGCGCAGUUACGUUCAGCGGAUAAGGAUGCAGCGUUGUUUAAAAAGAUAUAUCAAGAUGUUCGCCAGAUAUUUGCUGAAAUAGCUGAAUUAAAACAAAAAGGCACUGAUGAGGCAAAAGAAAAAAUCAAUGUCAAAAGAGUAGAGGCAUCAUUGCAUUUAGUAGCAUUAAAAAAGUUGAAUAGACUGGAAAAAGUUCGUACAAGAGCUGGGAGAGAGGCUCUGCACAAAGAAAAGCAGAGAGUUGAUUCAACACAUCUGCUCUUGCAAAAUCUUCUAUAUGAAGCUGAUCAUCUUAAUAAAGAAGUGACGAAAUGCUUACAAUUUAAAUCAAAAGAUGAAGAAAUAGAAUUAAUACCACUGGAAGAAUUUUACAAGGAAGCACCGAGUGAAAUCUCUCGGCCGGAAGUAACAAAAGCAGAUGAGCAUCAACUUCAAUUGGCAAGGCUAGAGUGGGAAUUACGUCAGCGUAGAGAACUUGCUGGGGCCUGUAGUGAAUUGGUGGCUUCAAAGGAAUGUGUAGCGGCAGCGAUCGCUGCAGCACGAUCGAGACUUGAUGCUCUCUCACCACAUUUGAAAGAUGUGCUAAAGGCUACAAAACCGCUCCAAGAAUGUCUAGCUCUAAGAUUAGAUGAAAAGCGAGAUGAAAUAAGAGCAGCAUCACUUCUUCCUCCACCUUUAUUUUUGCUGUAUGCAAAUGCUAGUGCAUAUUAUGAUGCUCUUGGUGCUAACAAUGUUGUUGUUGGAAUAUCUGGAGAUGAAGAUGAAGCAAAAAGAUUGGAUCAGCUCAGCAAUGUUGAAAGUGAACUUGUAGUUUCAAAUGAUUCAGAUUCUGAUCAGGAAAAUAACUACGAAGAACCAAGAGAUAAGAAAAAGAGACACCACCGAGGAACAAAAAUAUCAAGAGAAGAGAAGGCUGAGGCCAAAAAGAAAGAAGUACUUAAAAAACAUCCUCUUAAUGUUAAACUGACUGUGAAAAUAUCAGAGGGGACUGCAUUGAAUCUUAUAUUCUCAUACAUGAUUCAUUUAAAAAUUGUUGUGGUCAAAUACACUUUAGAGCUGUCCUUACCUAUAAUAGGAGUUUCAGCUGCUGAUGUGUUGAAUGGAGAUUGUAUACUUAAUGAACUUUACAUUGGUGAUAAUGGCAAUGACUCCCCACAUCCAGCAACCUCCUAUUUGCUUAAUGCAGCUGGCAUUGUGGAAGAUUUUAAUUAUUUUAUUCCUGAAGUUGGUAGACCUUACAUAUGGGCGCAGAGAAUGUGCGGAUUGGAUUUCAUGGCAGUGACGGGUGAUGAAAAAAAGUCCAAUAUCAUUCAGCCCAGUCAAAGUCUCAGUGUUGUCAGUGUUGAAAACUUUAUUUUCACUCUCAAGAAAAGAUUGAAAUCGAGAGUGGAACUUAUGAAAGAAUUGCAAAAUUUGGAAAGUGGUAAAAUUAUACCGGAAAAAAGUUUGGGAUUUCCAUUGAGACUAUCAGGUUCGUUAAUCCACUGGCAGUCAGUGGGAUGGAAUGAAUACAGCCAGCCGACUUCAACAUCAUUUUUGAUAUCGGAAGGCCAAGUUAGUGCAGACUAUAUGUUGUACCGCGCUAUAAUCACAAGACAAUCAGCUAAGCUUGUAGCAUUCGUUGCUGUGAGUAGUGAUUAUCCUAAAAAGGCACCGCUGUUUUCAUUGACAUUAAAUUGGAACGGUACACACACCGCGGGAACAAGUGAUGAUAUAAGAGACAUCGAAAGAAUCAUUAAUACGAACUGGACUAAUGAUGGGAAAAAAUCCACUCUAACCACACAGAUGGAGAAGUUACUCACUUGUUUAGAUAUUCUUCUGGAGACCACAGGGUCAUUAGAAUUUCCUCCCGACAAAGUAAUGUUUCAGCCAGUUAGAGGAAGAAAUCGGAUGAAACCUUACCGAUUUAUAAAACAAGGUACAGGCGUGUUUGUACAAUAUUAA